CGACCCCGGCCGGCGCCCGCGCGCGGCCCCAAGAACUCCCCGUCCCAGCCAGCCGUCCCUCUCCUCUCCCGCUUGACGUCCCCCAAGCCCUUCUCCCCGCCCUCGUCUCCAAGAUGUCGUCGUCCUCGUCGACAGUGGUCUACGAGGGGUGGAUGGUCCGGCACGGCCGCCGCAAGAUCGGGCGCUCCUUCAUCCACAUGCGCUACUUCGUGCUGGAGACCCGGCUGCUGUCCUACUUCAAGCGCAAGCCGCAGCACAAGGCGCCCAAGCUCCCCAUCAAGUCGCUCCACAUCGACGGCAACUGCAGGGUCGAGGACAGGGGCCUCAAGAUGCACCACGGCCAUAUGCUCUAUGUCUUGAGUGUCUACAACAAGAGGGAGAAGCACCACCGCAUCACGAUGGCGGCAUUCAAUAUCCAGGAGGCUCUGAUUUGGAAGGAGAAAAUCGAGGCGGUCAUCGAUCAGCAACAAGGUGUAGUGCUGCCUGAUGGUAAUGCAACCUUUAACUCAGUGCAUCAAAAGGCUAAUGUAGAAAGUGGAAGGAAAUCUUCUUCCUCUGACCGUGACAGUCAGUAUAGUCAUGAAGAGGAAGAAGAGGAGGAGGACAAUCACCGAGCAUUGAUGCGGAGAACAACAAUUGGGAAUGGUCCUCCGGAAUCAUUGCACGAUUGGACUCGUGGAAACGAUACGGGAAUAUCUGAUCAGGGAAGCCCUGCCCAAGUUUUCUCUAGAGGACACUGGCGCCUUGUCAGAUGCCAGAAUGGUCUCCGCAUUUUUGAGGAGCUCCAGGAUGUUGAUUACCUUGCAAGAAGCUGUAGCAGAGCAAUGAAGGCUGUUGGAGUGGUUGAGGCCUCGUGUGAGGCUAUAUUUCAGCUUGUGAUGAGCAUGGACACCACCCGCUUUGAGUGGGACUGCAGCUUCCAGUAUGGUAGUCUAGUGGAGGAGGUCGACGGCCACACCGCAAUACUAUACCAUAGGCUACAAUUGGAUUGGUUUUCAGGGUUUGUUUGGCCUCGCGAUCUUUGUUAUGUACGAUAUUGGCGGCGUAAUGAUGAUGGAAGUUAUGUUGUGUUGUUUCAAUCCAGAGAGCACCCAAACUGUGGUCCACAACCAGGAUUUGUGAGGGCACACAUUGAGAGUGGUGGAUUCAAUAUUUCUCCACUAAAAUCCCGUAAUGGGAGAGUCCGAACACAAGUACAACAUCUUAUGCAGAUUGAUUUGAAGGGGUGGGGGGUUGGCUACUUACCUUCAUUUCAGCAGCAUUGCCUCCUUCAUAUGUUGAACAGUGUUGCUGGGCUCAGGGAAUGGUUUUCACAAAGUGAUGAAAGUCAAAUACUCCCUAGAAUUCCUGUAAUGGAUAAUAUGGCCCUAUCAGUUUCUUCUAAGAAAGGCACAAAAGCGCAAGAUAAUACUGUGCAAACCAGCCUUCCAGUGGAUCAAAGUAGACAUUCCACCAAGCUUGAGGAGGAAUCUGAUGAAGAUGAUGAUGAAGAUUUUCAGUUACCUGAAUCUGAGCAAGAGCCAUCAACUCGUGGGCUGGAUGAAGAUGGUAAACUGCCAGGGUUGGAUGAGGAGGGUUCAGAUGAGAUUGAUUUUUCUGUAUUUUCUGGAAAUUUACGCCGGGAUGACCGUGAUAACAGUCGUGAUUGCUGGAGAAUAUCUGAUGGAAAUAACUUCAGAGUGCGGAGCAAGAACUUUAUAUAUGAUAAAAGCAAGGUUCCUGCUGGAAAACCUCUUAUGGAGCUUGUUGCUGUUGACUGGUUUAAAGACGUGAAACGAAUGGAUCAUGUUUCUAGAAGAAAAGGAUGCGCUGUUCAAGUUGCCGCUGAGAAGGGUCUUUUUUCAUUGGCAAUAAAUCUACAAGUUCCUGGCACAACAAACUAUAGUAUGGUUUUCUACUUUGUUACAAAGAAACUGAUACCGAACUCCUUGUUGCAACGCUUUGUUGAUGGCGAUGAUGAAUUCCGCAAUAGUAGGUUCAAGUUGAUCCCAUCUGUACCAAAGGGUUCAUGGAUUGUCCGACAAAGCGUUGGCAGCACACCAUGUCUGUUAGGCAAAGCAGUUGACAUCACCUAUAUCCGUGGUGCAAAUUACUUGGAAAUAGAUGUGGACAUUGGUUCGUCUACAGUGGCAAAUGGUGUCUUGGGGCUCGUCUGUGGCGUCAUCACAACUCUAGUUGUCGACAUGGCUUUUCUUGUCCAGGGCAACGCAUAUGAGGAUCUCCCGGAACGACUGAUUGGUGCAGUUCGGAUGUCGCACAUAGAGUUAUCAUCUGCAGUUGUUCCUGUUCUUGAGGAUUAACCAAGUGCUGCUCGCAAUGUUAGCAUCCAUCUACUCUAUUUCAGUCUUGACAGGACAGUAGGAUACAUACAUACAGGCAGAGACCAGCUCGCGCCAUGCCAAACAACACACCGAACGUACAUGAAGAUACUGCUAAUUUUAUCUUGUAUGUAAUUAUGUAUUGCACCUCAUGUUUCUGUGAUGUGAUGACGAUCUCGUAGUUGUUAGAUUAAUGUUGGCAAAGAAAAAAAGAUGUCGAAAUUAGGACUAGGAUACUUAAGACCCAGGCCCAGGUGAAUAAACAGCUAUGUUUUGCUUCGUAUGGAACUUGUAGGAAAUGGGCUGGGAUGAUAGUUGCAAGUUCAAAGUUGAAAACCACACAAACCGUUAUUCAUGUAAUGAUACUUGAGACUACAAUAUAAGAUGUCACUGAUUUGCGGGAUGCUCA